CUGACGUAGUCCUCAGUCAAAUUAUUUGCUGAUACACCGAGCCAUGGAGCAUAAACUAAUUAGAGUUACCGCUGCAGCGCACGCUUUCACACGACCCGCGUUGUUCUUUAGAUUAUGGCCUGUUUGGUGCCUGUCGGGCUGAUUUCCACCACAACCCUUCCGCAUUUUCCUGCUGCUCUCGGGCUGUGACGUGUCGUGCUGACGGCGGCCUCGGAGCUGGAGGAGCGGGGGGCUGUAGCAUGACAAGAUCUGGCUCGAGACGUCCUGCUUUGCUUUCAGCGGUGCUCCUGAAUCAACCCCUAACCCCUCCUUCUCUUCUCCUCUCCGGCCCGCCCAAAUAACACAAAAUUCCCGACUGAAUCCUGCCCGAGUCUGGGGGAACCAGGCGGCCUGGGAAGCCGAGGAGCGGACAGAGGCAUCCCUGCAGCACGAAUCUGCUGUCCAGUAACAAAUGCAGUGCGAGGACAAUGGAUGAGGAUGUCACCAGGCUUGCAAUACAUUCUGAAGAGCCUAAAAUAAUAUUGCACGGAUCGGAUGAAGGUGGUGCCGGCGGGCAGGAGUUUGUUGUGGAGCUUCAAGAGACUGUGUUGGUGUCAGAAGGCGAAGGGGAAGGCAUGGCAGUUCACAGGUUCGCCCCAGACGAGCUUGUGAUCCAGGAUGCUGUUGAGGAUGUGGUUUCUGAGUACGUGCACUGCGAUGAAGAUGAAGAUGUUGCUGUAGAAACCUGUGUGAUGGCUCUGGACGGUGAGGAGGAAGGUGUUGCCAUGGGAGACAUCCCUGAAGAUGGGCUGGACCCAGAGCAGCAGGAGGACGAUGACCAAGAUGGCUGUGGAGAUUAUCUAAUGAUAUCCUUGGAUGAAGCUGGUAAAAUGGUGUCUGAGGAUGGAACAGAGGUGACAGUGGAAGGAGCUGUGGAGGACCAGGAAGUGGAGAAAGAUGAGGAUGGACAAGAGGUGAUAAAGGUCUACAUCUUCAAGGCUGAUUCUGGGGAAGAUGACAUGGGAGAAUCUGUUGACAUCAGUGACGGGGACACAGAGAACGUUGCGUUAACAGAGUCUUCGGGCCAUACGCUCAGAGAGAAGAUGGUUUACAUGUCUGUCGGGGAUUCUCAUCACAAUCAAGGAAACCACGGUGGGUCCAAGGUGACUGAUGAGGUUUAUAUGGAGGUGGUGGUAGGAGGCGAAGAGCCAGUAACUCACGACCGCUCGUAUGACAGCGUGUCUCUAAGCAAGGACUUCAUGCCUGUGGCCUGGGCAGCUGCUUAUGGUGCAGAAGAUAGCGAGAGUUGUGAGAACCGGAACGGUGCAGCCAGCGCGCUGCUGCAUAUCGACGAAUCGGACGGGGUGGACGAAAUCAACAGACAGCGCAACAAGACCAAGAGGCGGUCAGAGCCUCGACAAGUCCAGACAGCCAUUAUCAUCGGUCCAUAUGGUCAGCCCCUCACCGUUUACCCCUGCAUGCUCUGUGGUAAGAAGUUCAAAUCACGAGGCUUCUUGAAACGCCACACCAAGAACCACCACCAGGAUGUUUUGACCAGGAAAAAGUACCAAUGCACAGACUGUGAUUUUACCACCAACAAGAAAGCCAGCCUCCACAAUCACAUGGAGGUGCAUGCUCUGAGCAGCAAGGCCCCUUUCGAGUGUGAAAUGUGUGGCAAGGAGUUCCACCAGCAGGCGGCACUAUUUUCUCACAGACUGCAGCACCACCACCGGGAGCCCAAGAGCCAGCCACCUCCACCUCCCACCAAGAUGCAUAAAUGCAAGUUUUGUGACUAUGAAACUGCCGAGCAAGGGCUGCUCAAUCGACACUUAUUGGCAGUUCACAGCAAAAGCUUCCCCCACAUCUGUGUGGAAUGUGGCAAAGGCUUUCGACAUCCUUCGGAGUUGAAGAAACACAUGCGCACUCACACCGGCGAGAAGCCUUACUCCUGCCUGUACUGCGACUAUAAGUCAGCCGAUUCCUCUAAUCUCAAAACGCACAUCAAGACUAAGCAUAGCAAAGAGAUGCCAUACAAAUGUGAGCGCUGUUUCCAGACGUUUGCAGAGGAGGAGGAGUUAAUGCAGCAUGGAUUAACGCACGAGGAGAAUAAGACCCACCAUUGUGCCCACUGUGAUCACAAAAGUUCCAACUCCAGUGACCUGAAGCGUCACAUCAUAUCUGUUCAUACCAAGGACUAUCCCCACAAAUGCGCCGUUUGUGGGAAAGGCUUCCACCGGCCGUCUGAACUGAAGAAGCACUCGGUAUCCCACCGUACUAAGAAAGUCCAUCAGUGCCGGCACUGCAACUUUAAAAUCGCAGACCCCUUUGUUCUCAGUCGCCACAUCUUGUCAGUCCACACAAAGGAGCAACAGGCCUCACCUGAAAAGAGUGAGACAAAGAGGACAGAAACGCACACUCCUGCUGUGACGCCGAAAAAGUCCGGGCCCAGCGGGUCAAGCAGCUCUGGUCCGCCGGCAAGAGUUAGCGCGGCCAGCUUAGCCAGCAGCGUGACUGUAGUUAUUGGCAAAGGACAAAAAGAAAGGCGGAUUUACCAGUGCCAGUACUGCGACUACAGCACCGGUGACGCGUCGGGUUUCAAGCGUCACGUGAUUUCCAUUCACACAAAGGACUACCCGCACCGCUGCGAGAUCUGUUCGAAGGGCUUCCGACGACCCUCGGAGAAGAACCAGCAUAUCAUGCGUCACCACAAAGACGUGGUGCAGGCAGAGUGACUCUGACCGAGCCAAAUACUGUGCCACAGCAAAGAACAAUGUUGAAGCAUCCGUCAGACCCCGACCACCGCGCCCUCGGCACGUCGCCAUUCACAUUGAAGUAGUGCGGAGUGUGUGUGCUGCACUCGGUCCAUUCUGUUGUUUUGCUCUUUUUAAAUCCUCGGCCUACUGUUUGUUCAGAUAUGUAUACACGUGUAGAUAACAUUAAUGCUCUGUCAGAGUUAGCAAACCAAGCCCCUCUGUAGACUCGCACUUUUAACUGCAUGUCCCUUGGUGGUGACAGUGUGCAUGGCAGAUUGUGCAGAUGUCUCUUUGUAGAUACACUUUUUUUUUUUUUUAACUUUUGCAAAUAGCAAUCAGUUCUCAAUCAGAAUGGUCCUAAUUAUUUGUCUUAAAAACAAAUGUGUAAUUUUAAAAAUGUUUGCAUAAUUUUCUUAAAAUGUAUUUAACAGCAGUUUGGAUUAACAACCUGUUUCCAGUAGCACUUGGUAAAAGCGCGCGUGUGCGUGCGUGUGUGUGUGUGUGUGUGUGUGCGCGUGCGAGUGGG